GCCGCGGGGCUCGCGCGCGCGGCGCCUCAGAGCGCGGACUCGGCUCGCCUCAGAGCCGCCAAACACCGCCGAUCGCGGGAUAAUCGCUCUCGUCCGCUCAAUAAACAUCGCGGGUCAAACACAACACUAUUUUUUUUAUUCUAACAGUAUUCUAUAUGUUUGUAAUAAUGAUUUUUAAAAAAUUAUGAAGUACAAUUUACCUCAGCGCUGCCUGCUUGCCACCAUUGAAAUGAAUGGGAUGGGAGGUGACUUGAGGGCGGAUUGAGGAGUUUGUAGAGACGACGACGACGAGGAGAAGGGGAAGAGCAGGAGAAGAGGAGGAGAAGGGGAAGAGGAGGAGAAGGAGACGAGGAGGAGGUGGGGGGAGCACCGCCAGGAGAAAGACGCCGGCUGCUGUGGAGACGUCAUUGGACCUCGCUUUGAGCAGAGACUUAAACCGGCCAACCUCACCCACCACCAUUCCAUCACAACACACACACGCAGUGGUUUCAUUAUUGUUGACGUCUUCAUUUUACCAUUCUGGGAUUUAAUCAUUCGGGGUAUAUCUAUCGACCAGCGUUUUGGUUUUCCUGUACAAUACAGUAUAUGUAUACUGUCGUGAUUGACUGUAUGCCGUACGCUGCGUUACAGUACUCAUUUACAACAAUUAGUUUGUGUAUCGUUUUAAGUAGUGAGUAAUCAAACUACGUUAUUCUAGGUUUCAACACAGUGUACAAAUGCAUUCCGUCUAAUGUUGGUCUAUGCACUGCACUGUAUAAUAUAGUGACGUGAAAUUAUACUGUAGCAUUGCAUAUGCAAUGCAGUAAAGACUACUGUACGCGCUUUGGACAUACUGGAGGAUUGUUAAUUCAUUAUGGAGUGUAAACAGUUUUUGCUCACUUCUGUGUAUAUUGUAACACAACACUCUUAAUAGUACUGUAUGCAGUAAUCAGACGAGUAUAUACUGUUACCAGCCGAGGCAGAUACCUAUAUCUGCACAUUGUAUGCAGGAGAGAGAAUGUGCAGUCUAUAUAUCUUUACAAUAUACAUAGACGGAUUUAUUUUAGUGGCCUCUACUGAAUAAAUCGCCCAUUUGACACCGGGCUCUUGACAGGCAGUUCCUUCUCUUGUAACUGCGUGAAUAUUAUCACGAUUUAAUGUUAUCUGUUUACUAGGCUAGAUAGAACGCGAAAUGAUAAAAUACUUCGAAGGCUAAUUCCGUGUAUAGUGUAUAUUUUGUAUUACUUUUGCUAAUACAGAGCCCAUUUGAUGCAAGUCUUAGAUCUAUUAGUUUACUGUUCUUUACCUAAGUGGGAUCUCAUUGGUGGUGUGUAAGGGUUGUGUGUAUAUAAUGUCUGAAUAUGUAUUAGAUUGGAGUAGCCGUUUCCAAUAGAAACCCUAUUGAUACAAGACUUGCAAGAGCGUUCUCGUAACUAGUGUACAUCUUUAUUCGUUUACUAUCCUUUACUUGUAGAGAGCCCAUUCACAUAAGUAUUUUGAACGGGUGAUAAGUGUAUAUAUCUCAUAGUUUAUUCUCAUUUACUAGGUGAGCGUAAAUCGACACUAAGAUAUUGGAAGGGGGGAGACCUACCUACAUAUUUUACGAAGUAGAAUACACCUCAGCAUACACCCCCAUCACAGUGCACGCAUCAUACUCAUCACUUCAGCAUCUCAGCAGCAGCCGCUGUCGCAUCGAGCCACACCGAGAAGACAUCCAGAGACACCGAGCCCGUCUUGCGAAGUGGCCGGGAGGACCAUAGGCCCCGGCGCACCCCACCGAUCGCACUCGACGGUGACCGUCAUGGCGAAGAGCGGCGAGGACGCCAAGGAGAACCUGUCAAAGCUGCCCGACGAGGAGCUGCUGCGCUGGAGCAAGGAGGAGCUGGUGCGGCGCUUGCGCAAGUCCGAGGCCGACAAGAUGUCGCUGAUGAUGGACCACGGCAACCUGAUGAAGGAGGUGAACCGCCGCCUGCAGACUCACCUGCACGAGAUCCGCGGCCUCAAGGACGUCAACCAGCGGCUGCAGGACGACGCGCAAGAGCUGCGCGACCUCUGCUGCUUUUUGGACGACGACCGGCAGAAGGCAAAGAAGCUGGCAUGGGAGUGGCAGCGCUUCGGGCGCUACACAGCCGCCGUGCUGCGCAAGGAGGUGGCGGCGCAGCAGCGGCGCCUGCGCGAGCUGGAGGUGCGCCAGGACGCGCUCGUGCGCGAGAACUCCGACCUCAAGGAGCUCUGCCUCAUGCUGGACGAGGAGCGUAACGGUGGCGCCGCAGGCAGCCGCGGCUCCGUGGGCAGCCAGACAAGCCUCACGGGCGCCACCGGCGCCGUCGCCCCCACGGGUGGCGUCGGUGCACCCGCCGGCGUAGUCGUCGCUGCGGCAGCGGCCGUGGCAGCGCCUUCGCCGGGCGCGGGGACCCCGGCUGGCGGGGCGAUCGUGCGAGACGGAGGCGACGGCAGUAGCAGCAGCUCGUCCAGCAGCGGCAGCACCAGCAGCCCGGAUCACCAGCACAAGGCGGCGGCGGCAGCGGCGGCGGUGGCGGCACAAGGAGGUGCCAACGCUGUUGCCCGGGAGGCUCAGCUGAGGGCGUCUGCAGAGGACCUUGUGGAUGCUCAGCAGCAGCAGCAGCACCAGCAGCAGAUCCGUGGGCUCGGCUACCCCAACGGAGUGAGCGAUGACCCAGCAAUGUACAUCCAGCAUCUGGAGGCGAGGGUGCGGCAGCUGGAGGAUGAAACCCACAACUUGCUGCAGAGGCCGUCGGCGCUGGAGGCCGCGCGGCUCGACAAGAAGGGGCCGGGAGGCCCGAGGCCGGUGGACUCGCCGCGGCCUUCACCUCCCACACAGCACCGCGAACUCGGCCAGCCUAGCGGCGUGUGGGCGCUGUGCGACGGCGGAGGUGGCGGUGGAGAAGGAAGCGUCACGGCCAGGCAGCCGAGUCCGCCCUCUUACCCGGGCCAGAAGCCGGAAGCGGUGGUGCAUGCCAUGAAGGUACCCGCGGACGGUGCUGGAGGUGCACGAGAAGCUGGAGAGGCGGGCGCAGGCGCGGGAGCGAGACAUGAGCGAGAAGGAGAAGGCCAUCGUGCGCGAGAUGUGUAACGUGGUUUGGCGGAAACUGGGGGACACCUCGGGCCCCCCACCACCGGCGCGGCCGCCCCCACCGCACUACCCGGGCCCCGUGUGAAGCCGUGGGGGUACCCCCCCACCCCACCCCCACCAGCAGCAGCAGCAGCAGCCUGGAAGCGUCACCUCGCGUCAAUGGGGGGGUGGGGCACCAGGGCUGGGAGUCGAGCUUGGGAUGGGGACCUUGAGGGGGGGGGUGCGCGGAGGGCAAAGACGUCGUCGUGUUUAGAGUCUCGUGGGGGACGAGGCUCCUGCUACAUUUUCGUUUGAACAGAGUCGCCGAGCGGUCAGCAACAAGGAGCACUGCCACUGUAGUAAUCGCGAGGAGUUGGGAACGCGCUCCUUGAACCGAGCGAGGAGGUCGUUGUUGUGAGAGAUGAGUGGGGGACGGAGAAGAGACGAUGGUGGUGGGUGGAGGAGGGAACUCUACACAGUGGAGCAGUACGAGAGGACACGCAGACAGAAGUGAGGUGACCUGCAGUGUGGGGAGUGAGAGGGUGGGUGAGCGAGUGGGUGGGUGAGUGCAUAGGCGAGUGGGUGGGUGUGUUGUUGUGACCUGCAGCAGGGUGGUGUUGAAUGAACGUGCGAUGUGGACGCAGUGAAACGAGGCAGCCAGCCAGAUCCACGGGAGCAGGAACCGCGUAGUCGUAGCAGCGAUAGAAGAGUGAUCAGGAAGCGACCUGCGAGCGAGCGAGCCCCGGAUCGCUCCAACUGCUUCUUCACGACGGCCUGCGAGGUCGGAACUGGGCCCGAGCGCCCGAGGGGUGACACGUGGGGACGCGUUGGACGAAUGUUAGACACGGCGCGCAUGUUCGCGUCACGCGGGAGAGAGAGAGCGGAGUAUCCAGAGAAAACCAACGAGGGGGAGGUCAUGCUGGACAGCUGGACAGCUGGACAGCCUUGCUGCCUGGAGGGGUGUCCGGACGGGUGCUCCGACCCGCCUGCUGGACUGCCACCUCGUGGCCACCUCUUCCACGGCCCCGCGGCUCGUUGGGGAGUUCGGCAAAAUCUCGUGGCGUUCGGCCCGCGUCGUCGCGGGCGGUGCCGCCACGGGGUCCCGGCCAGCGGAGAGAGCGGAGCGACGAGGUGGAGGUGGCGUCCAGUGCUUUUAGAGGAAGACUAAAGACAAAGAUCCCCCGUGUAGCCUUAACACACUGUUGGGGCAAGUGCGGUUAGCGAGUAGCGCCUACGGAGGCCGUCACGGCACACGAGGGGGGGGGAGGGGGCAUCACGCCCGGCCGCCUUUGUCUCCCAACGACGAUGUUUACGCAUUGCACCGGGUACUCGUGUUGAGGCUGAGUCGACCUAGGGGAGAUACUGGUCACCGGUGUUGGUUGCCGUGAGCGGGAAUCGACUUGGAGGGAGACUGGCCCGCCUGCCCAGGCGAGCGGCUCUGCACGCGAGGCUGCUGGCGCCACGGGAGCCGCCACCGAUGAUGCCGCAGCAGCCGGACAGACGGACAGACAGCGCCCGGCGCAAUUCCGCAGUCGCCACUCGGCAUCGUGUCAUCGCCGGCACCGGCAACUGCGAUAGAGCGCAGCUCAACACGAUUGCGGCAGCAGCUAUCGGCACAAAUCGAUUCCUGUCACCCGAGCACGGACGCCAAUACCGACCCGGGCAGGUGGCAACCCUCGUGUGUAAGUGAGCGACUUGGCAAAUUAAUGUGAGUAUUAAUAGGUGAGCGGGUGGGUGAGUUACCGAGUGACUUGGAAAAUGAAUGGGUGCUUUAAUGAAUGAGUGGGUGGGUGAGUGGCCGGGUGGUAUGGUUGCCACGUGUUCCACAGUCGUCCAAACCCGGGCGUAUUUAUCGGUUAGCAUGAGAGGUCGAUGAUCCAACCUGUACCGUCAACCGCAAUUCAGUAACAGUCCGGCACGAUUCGGGUACCAGAUCUUGGCACGAAUAAAAGUCCCACCCGAACCCAGACAGGUGGCCGUGUGGCCGUGUGGCCACCCUCUGCGGGACAUCGCUGAGACUCUCACCGCCCGCGUGUGGCGUAGCGACAAGAGAAGAGCCCUGGGGGGGUGGGGGGGGCAGGGCCGUCCAUAGAAGGGGGGCUGCGGGGCCCGGGGCAAACCCCACACCGCGUGGGCCCCCUGACGCCUUCCCACUAAGCCGGAAGUAUUACAUCUGGCACCGUGACGUUAAAGCGCCCCCCCCCCCCAUGCACGGGGCCCGGGGCGGUCUCCCCGACUCGCCGUGUGCCCCGGGCACGGCUCUUGUGUGCGCCCGUUGGGAUGCGCUUGCAGUCGGGGGCUUGAGCAAUCUGUUGCCCGCGCGUGUUUUAAUUAUCUGCGUUGUGCUAAUUGCCUGUCCACGCUAAUUGAUGAGGUCAUGAUGAUGAUGAUCCAUGCAUGAGCCGACAACUCCCGUCUCUACCAAAAACCUCACCUGUUCCCGCCCGCGGUUAUGUAAAUAUUGACACGCGCGCACACAUUACACAACAACAACAACCGCCAUUCACCACAUAGCGAUGGUGGCAUCACCACGGCACUUGUGCCAGUCUCGCUGCCGGCAGCAAGAAGUCACGGGACGAGCCUCGGGUGCCGCAGGUUCACCGGACGAGUCGACUGGCACGCACAAGCGUGCCCCCCC